GGGUGUUUGUCAGGGUAUGGCAGCGCUGGGAGCCGUAGUGAAGAAAGUGUGGUGUAUCCGCCGCUACUUGGUGCUUGUGUGCACUCCGCUGCUGCUGCUGCCCAUCCUCUUCAGCCUGCCCCCCAAGGAAGGCAAAUGUCUCUAUGUCAUUUUGGUGAUGGCUGUAUAUUGGUGCACCGAAGCUCUGCCUUUAUCAGUGACUGCUCUUCUCCCCAUAAUUCUGUUCCCUUUCCUUGGAGUUCUCCCAGCCAGCAAAGUUUGUCCCCAGUACUUCUUAGACACCAACUUCCUCUUUUUGAGUGGCUUGAUCAUGGCAGCUGCCAUUGAAGAGUGGAAUCUGCAUCGCAGAAUUGCAUUAAGAAUCCUUAUGUUAGUGGGAGUCCAACCAGCCAGGCUCAUUUUAGGCAUGAUGCUAACAACUUCCUUCCUGUCUAUGUGGCUGAGUAACACAGCCUCUACUGCUAUGAUGCUACCAAUUGCAAUGGCUGUUCUAAAAAGCCUUUUCGGAGAUAAGGAAACAUCUAAGGAUCUCGACAGGGUAAAAGAAGAAAAUCAAGCUUCAGUACAUCAGAAUAAACUUCACUUGGUGCCAACUGAGAUGCAGCUUCUAACAAAUAUUAAUGAGAAAGACAUGACUGAAGAGAAGGAAGUCACAGUUGACAUUUCCUUGGAUGUAAAGAAGGAAGAAGAAUAUAAGGCAAAUGUAUGGAAAGGAUUUCUGAUUUCCAUCCCUUACGCUGCUAGUAUUGGUGGAACAGCAACACUGACUGGAACAGCACCAAAUCUCAUUCUUUCAGGACAGUUAAAGAGUUUUUUUCCAGGGUGUGAUGUUGUGAAUUUUGGCUCUUGGUUUGUGUUUGCCUUUCCCUUAAUGCUACUUUUCCUUUUUCUUGGAUGGCUCUGGAUAUCCUUCCUUUAUGGAUGCAUUAGCUUAAGAGGCUGCAAAAAGAAGAAGUCAGAGAUAAGAGCUGAUGCAGAAAGCAGAGCUCAGGCAGUUAUAAAGGAAGACUAUCAGAAACUGGGACCAAUAAAGUUUGCAGAACAGGCAGUAUUUGUUCUGUUCUCUUUAUUUGCCAUCCUGCUAUUCUCUAGGGAUCCAAAAUUCAUCACAGGCUGGGCAAGCUUAUUCAGACCAGGGUUUGUCACAGAUGCAGUUACUGGAGUCACAAUAGUGACAAUACUGUUCUUCUUCCCAGCAAAAAAGCCAUCUCUUAAAUGGUGGCUUGAUCUAAAAGCAUCAAAUGUUGAGAAUGAACCUUUGCUAUCUUGGCGAAAAGCCCAAGAAAGCGUGCCUUGGAAUAUAAUCCUGUUGCUUGGAGGAGGGUUUGCAAUGGCAAAAGGAUGUGAGGAAUCAGGCCUGUCCGUCUGGAUUGGAGGUCGUCUUGACCCUCUAGAGAAUCUCCCUCCUGCCGUGGCUGUAAUUCUCAUCACAGCAGUCAUAGCAUUGUUCACAGAAUUUGCCAGUAACACAGCUACAAUCAUAAUCUUCCUGCCUGUCUUAGCAGAACUGGCCAUUCGUUUGAAGGUGAAUCCCCUCUACCUAAUGAUACCAGGAACUAUAGGAUGCUCUUUUGCUUUCAUGCUUCCAGUCUCCACGCCCCCAAAUUCCAUUGCGUUUGCUUCUGGGCAUUUGAUGGUGAAAGACAUGGCAAGAACUGGCCUAUUGAUGAAUCUGAUGGGAGUCUGUCUUCUGAGCUUGGCCAUCAAUACUUGGGCUAUGAGCAUCUUUCAGCUAGGCAGCUUUCCUGCCUGGGCCAACAUCCAUAUGGAAAAUACAACCACCCUACUGGGAGAUGCCCAAAACAUUACUUUGAACUUAAUGAGUUAAUUAUAAGUAAAGCAACCUUAUUCAUGAGGUUGGGUGAGAAAACAUCUCUCCUCAGAUCUGAGCACUAAAUUAAAUUGAUACUGAGUACAGGUACACACAGAGGGGUAUACUGUAGGACCAUCAAGUACUUUUGUUUGUUUUACAAAUCUUUUUGAAUAUUUAUUGAUUUUUUUUUGUCUGACAAAAAAGACUUUCUCAUUUUCACUGAGAAAGCUAUCAAGUAGCUCUAGGUAGGUUUAAUCUUUCACUGUUUGAGGCCUGGGAGAUCUUUUCCCAUCUUUUCUUGUACAAAUAAAGGGAACUAUUUUCCUUUACUAAAGAGGAUCAUUGCCUAAAUAUAGAAGGAUCUGGCUAUUUAAAUAUAGGAGUAUAUUGCCAUCUGAAUAUAGAAGCACAUGAGCAAGUAAAGCAAUGUAUCUUCCCUUGAAUUGGAAAGCCUUUUAAAGAUUGCAGAUUAUACAUUCUUUGCCAGAUACAGGUAUAGCAGGUUAUCAAAGCAAAUUUUUUUUAAAAAAUCGUAUGAUCUUGUUUGACUAGGGUGGUCACAACUUGGUUGAAUCUGUUGCUGUUUAGAAGAAGCCAGGAGGACAGACAAUAUUGACAAAACCACAAAUCUGAGUUGUUCUGAAAGAUAAGAGAGAUAAAAUGGACAAGGAAUGGGUCUGCAUGUAUGUGCAAAAUAUGGCUGGGAGAAUAGUGAAAGUAGUAAGAAAAUCAAAGCAGUUAUCAUUCCUCAUUUUCUGCAUGAGAUUCAUAGACCAUCUGUAAACAGAAAGUCAUAAUAAAGCCAAAUGAGGAACCUCAGGAUGAGGAACAGGGCAGGGCAGCCAAUUCUGUUGAACAUUGAUAGGAAUUCGUAGUGACUGAAAUGCUGUUACCACCUCUUAGGCCAGAGUUGCAUUUCUCAAAAUUGUUGAAAACAUUGAUAUGUGUUAAAGAGCAUGUCAGUGGAUCACUACUCUUGACUCAUUGCCUUCUGCAUUUGUUUCUUGAGGCCAAAGAGCUAAUUUUGUGUGUUUUCUAUUUUACCUGAACACACACACUCUCUCCUCCCAGAAUUACAUGCCUAGGGAUUUUAAUUAUACAGUAUUCUUGAUAAACUCUAUAUGUGCACGGUGAUCUUGAAACAACUCCAGAGGUACACAACCUGAAGUUGUUAGGCUGUAUGCAGCUCUUGGAAGUAUUGGGUAUGACACCCCAGAUAUACCCAAAAGUUGUUCUCAAAUUGUAGUUUUUUUAUGUGAUAAAAAGGGACAAUUACUAAAUAUAUGACUAGAGAGUAGUCAUACUAUGCUAAUCACAUGUAAAUAUAAGUAAAAUGAAAUAGUAUUCGGUUUUUGCCAUAGACAUGUCCAUGAACUUUUGGAGUGUAGUUUUCAACAUAUUACUCAAAGUUCAAAUGAGUCAUGCAGCACAGAAAAAGUUGGGUGCCCACAACUGCUGUACAACAUGCUUACCAGUCCAGUAAAUUUGAAGCAGUUUACUGGGGAAAAAAGGGAGGAAUGGAGACUUUCUGAACUGAAAUUAUCCUUUCACAAAAAGCAAUUACUAUGAAAAAUUGUCACUCAGGCAUAUCUUUAAUACACCCAUUAUAGCCAGACAGAUUAUAUCCAUUAUCCAGUUCUUGUUGUCUCUUGUAAUGUAAUGCUAUGUUGCUCACAACAAUAGCUUCUCACCUGGCUAGGUGGAUACAAUGUUCCAUGCCUCAAGGAGCGUUGGAAGUGUUUUAGAUUCAUGAGACCAUUCAUCCAGCUAGCUCAGUACUCAAAAUGAUACUGAUUGUGAUUCUGCAAACUUGAGGAUAGAUUUUUUCCCAAGUUCCAUCUGGAGAUACCAUGAAUUCAAUCUUUUGUGUGUGAAGAACAGAUCUUCCCUACAAGUAGAAAGUAGUAGUGUAGUAGUAGAUAUUAAGUGCUUGAUGCUCAAUAACAUCAGCCUUAUCAGAAUUAGGUUUAAUAGGAAACUAUUGUUCCUCAACUGAUCAUGACAUGUAGCAUGAAGGUCAUGACCUCAUAUACUUAUGAAAAACUUCCCAAAAGUUCAUGUAAGUUCACUGGGGAAUUUGUCUGUUCAUUCAUCACAGUAGACACAACUUGGAUCAUUUGAUAAUGGUCACAACCAUUUUUUUUAAUCUAUACAUUUGUCCUUCAACUCAACAAAAUGUUGCAAGAGCUUUGUCAAACUACAGAAUUUGGGUGGAACAAGUGAAUUUAAUGCUAGCCAAUAGAGAUCUCUGGAUCCAGCUUUUCCUAGAUUGAAACAGAACCACAUGGAAAAUACAAACAUGUUUGUUCAGAACUCAGUCUGGGAUAGAAAAACUAUGUCUAUAUUUAACAGUUUCAAAACUUUCAAAUCAGCUCCACUGCUCUUAAUUGUUAAAAGGGAAAUCAUCAACCACAAUUCACAUGGCAAUAGUUACCUAUCUUACGAAGUUGUGAAAGGUUAUAAGAAUUGCACAUUUUGAAAAGGCCCCAGAAUAAUACUUCAGUAAGUUCCUGUGUCAACUAAAGUUUUAUAAUGCAAAGUCAUACGUGCAGGCCUGGCAUCAAAGCCCACCUCUUUGGGCAGUUGCCAAGGGUCAUAGUCUCAGAAGAUCCCAUCCCUGGUCUAGCUGAUCCCAAGGACAACAGCAGCAUUUUGAGAUGGGAGCCUAGCCAGUGCUAUACUCUCCCAUGUUUUAUUGCAGGCUAUGCUAGAUUCCUUCAGUGCAUUCUUGAUCCCAAUAAUGUCAGGAAUUCAAAGUAAUCCAAAAUGCAGUGGAAAGUGAAGCUAAAUGCUGGUUUUAUUCCCAUUCAAAAGUACCAUUAGGCUUAAGCGAUCAGUUACUCUCAUCAUCACUCCAGAUUUUUGCAGCAGAUAGCAGUGUGUAUGAAUGAGAGCUGAACUGUUAUUAAGAUUUGUUUUGCAUUGUUGUCCACUAUGUUAUAUUGCCCCACAUGCACUAUCUGACUUCACAUAUAAGAUAAGGUAAUAUGCUCAGCAUAGAAUAAAGUGUGGAUUCUCUUAGAUAUGCCAUUGCUCAUUGGAGAAUUUGUCUGGUACAAAGUAAAGUGGCAAAGGUCCAUGUGGUGGUGGCAAUAGUCACUGGCAGCCUCAUACCUGAGAAUGCUUUAUCACUGGUCAUAAUGACCAUAUAGAUUGCUCCUCCUAUUGAUCCAAAUCAUGAAAAUGGUAAAAGUCUUGAUUGUUGAUCUUGUCAUGUCAAUUAGUCAUUUGUGGUGAAUUAUUGUUGCUUGGAUUUGGGAGAGGGAAGUUAAAGUCUGAUCAGUUUUUAUAUUGAUUGAUGAUCUCUAUACUUUCAGUGAAAGUGUUUGUAUAUGAACAUUGAUUCUAAUCACCACUGUAAACCUGAUUCUGUGUUAUACUAUUAAGUAUGUCUGUGUAAGAAAUGGACUUUCAGCAAUUGUAAGAUCAAUGUUGAAAGCAUGCUUUGGGAGAUACAAUAUGAAGAAUUGUGCUGGGGGUGGAAGGAAGCUCAGCAAUGAAUUCUUGCUAUAAUGAAUGUUAUUAUCUCUUGUUGCCUAGACUUAUUCAGCAUCUGUUUCUGGAGCAUAUGUGGCAAACAGAGCUGCUGGGUGCCUCUUUUGUUAGGGUUCAUGUUACUAUAGAAAUUACAUUAAAUAGACAUCACUGAUGUGGAAAUAGGAAAAGGUCAAACUAAAAGCAUUGACAUAUAACUAGCCAAGCAUCAGAUCACAUAACUCCAGAUGCCUAAGGUGCAUAAUUGUGAUGACUGAGAAUAAAAUGCACUCAUUGCUCUAUUGUACUGUUACAUUCUAUAUUUGUGAGUCACAAGGAAAGGGUGAUGUUUAGCCUUUUUUUCAUGAAUAUGACAUCUGUUGCCCAAAUAAAGUUAUUUAUUAAUUUUGACACUAUAAAACAAGAUAAUUAGAUUGACUUGGCAAUCAAGGGACCAAUUAUACAAUUGUAGGGCUACCAGAUCUGGACUGAAAAAGAAUUCAGGAAACCACUAGAUGGCAGCAAAAGGUUGACGUUGAUGCCAUCUAGUGGUUGUCUGGAUUUUUGCAGUGCAGAUCUGGUAGCCUUAAAGGAAUGAAAUGUAUUGCUAUAACUAGGCUGCCACAUUGUAUAGAUUUCUUGACACAAAUAUUAAGCUUCUAAAAAAAUUACAUAGAGGGAAUAUAACUGAUAAAUCACUAUGCUUAUUAAUCACUAAUAAAAACAGUAAAGUCAUUAGUAAUACAUUUUUUCCAUCUAUAAAGGUAUGUAUGGAAAAUAAAACACCUAUUGAAUGUUUAUGUACCAGGCAUGGUUACAAACACAGCCAUUAAAAAAAAUCCUUUAAUUCUAUCUUAUUUGGUCUCUAUAAACUUCGUAUCUAUUUUUUUCAGGAAUCUUGUAUCUAUUGCCAUACUGUAUAGCUAUUACUCUGAAGAGGGCCCCCACUAUUUUUAGCUAUGGGUGCAGCCACUACUGGCAUGUGGUCUUUGAUGUGCAUGCUUGCCCAGACCCUAAAAAAUAAAGUCUCCCUUGAUCAA